AUGGAGAUUGUCACUUCUGUUGGUGGGAAGGUAGCUGACAAUGUGUUUGCAGCUGCUGGUGAUCAACUUGGUUAUUUGUUUCACUACAAUGACAACGUUGAAAAAUUGAAAAAGCAAGCUGAGAAGCUGAGGGAUAGCAGAGACAUGGUGCAAAAGAAAACCGAAUCUGCUAAAAGAAAUGGAGAGAUCAUCUCUGAUUUUGUUCAAAAGUGGUUACCUGAAGUUGAUGAUGUUUCUGCAAAGGCUGAAAAGUUUUUGGAAGAUGAAGGCAAAGCCAACAAGAGGUCCCUCAAGGGGUGGUGGAUUAAUCUCAGACAGCGUUAUCGAUUCAGUACAGAGGCAAAAAAACAUACUCUGGCGAUUUCUGAUCAGCUUCAAAAACUGGGAAAUCUUGUAAAUGUGUCUUGUUCUGCUCCCCCAUCUGGAAUUAUAUCUUCAUCUGAGGUAUUUAAUUCUAGCAUAUUCGGAUCUAGAAAUUCAUUUAAGAAGGAAGUUAUGAAGGCCUUAAUUGAUGCUAACAAUGUCAACAAAAUUGGAAUAUGUGGGAUGGCGGGCAUUGGUAAAACCACACUAAUUAAAGAAAUCAGCCACCAUGUGAAAAAAGCCAAGGAGUAUGAUGCUGUAGCGAUGGCGGUUGUCUCUCGAAACCCCAAGAUUAUGAAGAUUCAAGGCGAGAUUGCUGAUAUGUUGGGUUUAAAAUCUCUUCCGACAGAUUCUGAAUUAGAAAGAGCAAGUUUAUUGCGGUAUAGAAUCAAGAAAGAGAAACGGGUACUCAUAAUAUUAGACGAUGCUUGGGAGAUAAUUAAAUUGGGUGAGAUCGGUAUUCCUUUUGGGAUUGACCAUAGAGGUUGUAAAAUUUUAAUCACCUCUCGAAAUAGAGAUGUAUGUAAUGGAAUGGGUUGCCAAAAGAUAUAUACGGUUGAAAUAUUAUCUAAACAAGAAUCUUGGGAGCUUUUUAGCAAGAUUGCGGGCCCAAUUGUUGAAAGUUCUGAUAUUAACCCAACUGCAAGAGAGGUAACUACUCAAUGUGGGGGAUUGCCACUUGCAAUUGUGAUAAUAGCAGGAGUUUUAAAAGAUAAGAACAAGCAUGAGUGGAGGAAUGCAGUAAGACAACUAAAAAUGUCUACCCCUUCAAGUGUCCCAGAAUUGGAGAGAGAAGUCUUUUUAUCUUUGGAAUUUAGCUUCAAUUACCUAGAAAAUGAGACAAAAUCACUUUUUUUGUUUUGUAGCUUAUUUCCAGAGGAUUACAAAAUUCCUGUUGAAGAUUUGGCUACAUAUUGGGUAGGUUUGAAGUGGUUUGGAGACACUCUCGAGGCAAUUGAGGAUGUCAGAAACAAGGUUCAUGCUAUUGUAAGUACCAUAGCCUCUUCCUUUCUCUUGAUUGAAGAAAGUAAAAUGUAUGUAAAAAUACAUGAUGUUAUUCGUGAUUUUGCAAUAGCUAGAGCUCUUAGAUGCAACUACAAGUUCAUGGUAAAUGGUGCAUUGGGAAAUGAGGAUACAUUUGAAGAUUUCACAUGUAUCUCAUUAGUGGGAAAUUAUACUGGGGAGCUACCGAAUGGGUUAGAACACCCAAAAUUGGAGGCUUUAUUGCUACAAGAAAAUAAAAGUUUUGUUGUCCUUAGUAGUUUCUUUGAGAAAAUACCAAAUCUCAAAGUUUUAAACUUGGGACGAACAUACAUUGAGACAUUGUUUGAUUCACUUUCAUUUCUCACAAAUCUUGGAACAUUAGAUGUUAGUGCUUCCAAGUUGGUAGAUCUAUCAGUAAUUGGAAGUCUAAGCAAACUUGACAUUCUUUCUCUUUCUGAUUCUAAACUUGUUAAGGAGAUCCCUUUAUCCUUUAGUCAAUUAACUAACCUCAGGUUGUUAGAUUUGAAUAAUAUGGAUUUAGAACUUAUACCUUGUGGCGUUAUGUCUUCUCUUCGAAAGUUAGAGGAGUUGUAUAUUAAUCAUUUUGUUAAAUGGGAAUCUGAAAAUGGUAGCAAUGCCAAUCUGGUUGAAUUAGAAGCCUUGUCCCGAUUGACUAGCUUACAUAUUUUUAUUCCAAGUAAGCUUCAUUUGUUACCAAAUUUCUUGUCAUUCAAAAGACUGUCUAGCUUUACCUUAGUAAUAAGUCAUAGUCCAUUUAUUUGGGGUGAAUCUCGAUUUCAAAAAUAUUUGAGUACAAUGUUGUACUCAAGAAAUAUGGAGAUCAUAGGGACUAACAUUUCAAUGAUAUAUGACAAGCUUAGAAGUUUGGUCAAAAGAACUGAAUGUCUAACUUUAGAAAAUAUUGUUAAUUUAGAGAGUUUUAGUCUUGACCAAAUUGAAGAAGUGUUCAAUGAAUUGAAGUAUCUUCGGAUCAAAGAUUGUGAUAAGAUAAGGUAUCUCUUCAAUACAUUGGAAUGGACACCAAACUCAACUUUCCACAAUUUAGAGGAAUUGCAUAUUAAGGAUAAUUGCAACCUUGUUGAACUAUGUCAUGGACAACCUCUUACUCAGUCUUUCUGUAAAUUAAGAGUUUUAAGAGUGUAUAGCUGUGAUGACUUGCUAAAUAUUGCACCAAGUUAUUUGUUAUAG